AUGAAUGAGGUGAAAGGUAUGAUGAAUGAGGUGAAAGUUCACUUGCUAUGUUGCCUCCAGUUCACUUGCUAUGUUGCCUCCAGUUUACUUGCUAUAUUGCCUCCAGUUUACUUGCUAUAUUGCCUCCAGUUUACUUGCUAUAUUGCCUCCAGUUUACUUCCUAUAUUGCCUCCAGUUUACUUCCUAUAUUGCCUCCAGUUCACUUGCUAUAUUGCCUCUAGUUCACUUGCUAUGUUGCCUCCAGUUCACUUGCUAUAUUGCCUCCAGUUACUUGCUAUAUUGCCUCUAGUUCACUUGCUAUGUUGCCUCCAGUUUACUUCCUAUAUUGCCUCCAGUUUACUUGCUAUAUUGCCUCUAGUUCACUUGCUAUGUUGCCUCCAGUUUACUUGCUAUAUUGCCUCCAGUUUACUUGCUAUAUUGCCUCUAGUUCACUUGCUAUGUUGCCUCCAGUUCACUUGCUAUAUUGCCUCCAGUUUACUUGCUAUAUUGCCUCUAGUUCACUUGCUAUGUUGCCUCCAGUUCACUUGCUAUGUUGCCUCCAGUUUACUUGCUAUAUUGCCUCCAGUUUACUUGCUAUAUUGCCUCCAGUUUACUUGCUAUAUUGCCUCCAGUUUACUUCCUAUAUUGCCUCCAGUUUACUUCCUAUAUUGCCUCCAGUUCACUUGCUAUAUUGCCUCUAGUUCACUUGCUAUGUUGCCUCCAGUUCACUUGCUAUGUUGCCUCCAGUUUACUUGCUAUAUUGCCUCCAGUUCACUUGCUAUAUUGCCUCCAGUUUACUUGCUAUAUUGCCUCCAGUUUACUUGCUAUAUUGCCUCCAGUUUACUUGCUAUAUUGCCUCCAGUUUACUUGCUAUAUUGCCUCCAGUUUACUUGCUAUAUUGCCUCCAGUUUACUUGCUAUAUUGCCUCCAGUUUACUUGCUAUAUUGCCUCCAGUUUACUUGCUAUAUUGCCUCCAGUUUACUUGCUAUAUUGCCUCCAGUUUACUUGCUAUAUUGCCUCCAGUUUACUUGCUAUAUUGCCUCCAGUUUACUUGCUAUAUUGCCUCCAGUUUACUUGCUAUAUUGCCUCCAGUUUACUUGCUACAUUGCCUCCAGUUUACUUGUAUAUUGCCUCCAGUUUACUUGUUAUAUUGCCUCCAGUUUACUUCCUAUAUUGCCUCCAGUCACUCCCUAUAUUGCCUCCAGUUUACUUCUUAUAUUGCCUCCAGUUUAUUUCCUAUAUUGCCUCCAGUUUACUUCUUAUAUUGCCUCCAGUUUACUUUCUAUAUUGCCUCCAGUUUACUCCCUAUAUUGCCUCCAGUUCACUUGCUAUAUUGCCUCCAGUUUACUUUCUAUAUUGCCUCCAGUUUACUCCCUAUAUUGCCUCCAGUUCACUUGCUAUAUUGCCUCCAGUUUACUUUCUAUAUUGCCUCCAGUUUACUCCCUAUAUUGCCUCCAGUUCACUUGCUAUAUUGCCUCCAGUUUACUUUCUAUAUUGCCUCCAGUUUACUUGCUAUAUUGCCUCCAGUUCACUUGCUAUAUUGCCUCCAGUUUACUUGCUAUAUUACCUCCAAUUCACUUGCUAUAUUUGUAA